UUUAGCCGUUACCAGUUUCCGCCUUCGCUUUCCGGGGACAACAUAUUAUGUGUUAUUGUCAUUACGUCGUGAAUUUCAUAUUUCAUUGGGUUUCGUCCUAUCCAACCAUUCAAUUCGCUCAUUUAGAUCAGUUACUCGUCGUUAUUCCUUAAUCAUAUCUUUUUAAACUCCUUGUAUAACUUAUUCUCACACCCACGAUGGUUUAAACUUACGUAGGUUGAGCUGGGGUUUUUUUAAAGAACCGUUUAUUUCCCCUGGCUUUUGCGAAACGUUUGUUAGUGUUCAAUAGAACUGACCAAAUAUCCGACAGCUUCUACAGACUUUAGAAUGUGUAAGAGUUUCCCGUGUAACCUGGUUGACUUCUUCUGUAAAUGGGUGUUUUUAACAUACCUGUUGGUAUGGAUAGUUGAAGCAGAUGUUUUAGUAAUAUCUCGCGAUACAAAUUCCACAGUUAAUGCUUUUCCCAGUUUACCUGCAAAUUUUGGAAAAGUAUUACCGUUUGAUGGUUUGGCUGGGUGUGUGGUUGUAGCAAAUCCUCAACAUGCUUGUGGGCCAAUUGACCAACCUCCAAAGAACAGUAGUUGUUCAGAUACAUGGUUUGUCCUGAUAAGACGGUUUGAAUGUAAUUUUGUUGACAAAGUUCGAGCUGCUCAGAAUGCUCAUUAUGAUGCUGCAAUCAUUUAUAAUGUUGGAUCCAAUCUCAUUGAGCCUAUGGCAGGAGAAAAUGAUGAUGACAUUACAAUUGCUGCCAUAUUCAUUGGACAAGAUGAUGGACUUAAAAUUCAGUCCUUCUACACAUAUGAUAAAGGGUACAUGCUGUUACUGACCAAUGAGUUGCCAUUUAAUAUAAACAGCUAUCUUCUACCAUUUGCCAUUGUUGUUGCAAUCUGUUUUGCAAUAAUGGUUGUUUUCAUGUUGGUCAAGUGCGUCAAAGAGCGCAGACGAUCAAGACGUAUUCGCUUACCUUCGUCGUCCUUGAAAACUAUUCCUACGAAUAAAUUUAAAAAAGGAGAUCCUUACGAUACCUGUGCGAUAUGCUUAGAAGACUACGUGGAUGGCGAUAAACUGCGUAUUCUUCCUUGUUCACAUGCUUACCAUGCCAAAUGCAUUGAUCCAUGGCUUACACGUAACCGUCGGGUAUGUCCAGUAUGUAAAAGACGAGUAAUUGCGCGGGGCGAAAACUUUUCCGAUUCGGAUUCUGAUACGGAAGAUGAAAGCCGUCCGCUUCUGCGGCCGGGUUCGCACAGCUCUUCGGGAGGAACUUUCACUGAUCAAACGAGAAGUAUUGGAACCAGUAGCCGUCCAGUAGAGGGGCCACCUAUUUUGAACGAUGAGGUGGUCACUGACAGAGGACAUUCGGUUCUUGUUUCCGCCGAUUCAGUUGUCAUUGAGAAUGAGGAAGACAGAAUUCCCGUAAACGACGAGGAAGAUUUAAAUGGCGACAGUGACGCAUCAUUCUACGGCGAAUCUGAACAACGUCACCAAAACUCGAAUGCAAAUAGUUCAGUGUGUUUAACUCCUCAAAGCCAACGUUCCCGGGAUGCUUUGAACGUUUAAGAGACCCUGUAAUUAACACUGUAAGUCGACAUGUUGUCACACUCUAAUUACCUAUAGGAAGCUUGUUUCUACCUAUUUUUUGCUAUCUGGUUGUGAGAAGAUUGAACAGACAAAUUCACAUUUCACUCGGAACUCCGAAUCUACCAUUAAGGGUAGAUGGUUUAAUGGUUAUGUUUAGUUCAUUAUAAGAAAUAUUGCGAAAAACUCAAUAAACAUAAUUCAUCUUA